AUGCUUGUCCUUCUUGCAUUUGUCGCCAUACUCGGCGUAUUUGCCCAAGAGAAACAGACCUUCGACGUCGAGGUCUCAAGACUGAUGAACUUAAUCAUUCACAGUCUUUACACAAACAAAGAGGUUUUCCUUAGAGAGUUGGUCUCGAACUCCGCUGAUGCGUUAGACAAAGUCAGGUUUUUGGCUUUGACUGACAAAAAGCUGAAUAUUGAUACAACGGCGUUGAGAAUAAGAGUGAGCAUCGACGCAGAUAAAGGAAGAGUUAUUGUCGAAGACAAUGGUAUUGGAAUGACCAGAGAAGAACUUAAGACUAACUUGGGAACUAUUGCUAAGUCUGGUACUGCCGACUUUAUAAAGAAACUUGAAGCUGCCGAUGAUAAGUCACUCAUUGGACAGUUUGGUGUGGGUUUCUAUUCGUCUUAUUUAGUUGCAGAGAACGUUACUGUGAUAUCGAGAAAAGUUGGUACUCAAGACACUAAUGCUUGGGAGUCGAAUGGUGAUGGGUUCUUAGUGAGAGACUUGGCCGAAGAAGAGGCUCCAAUCGAGACACAAGGAACUCGAAUCAUUCUUGAAUUGAAAGACAAGUACUUUUUGGAUGAAAAUGUCUUGAAAGAGUUAGUUUCCAAAUACUCUGAGUUCAUUCAGUUCCCAAUUCAAAUGGAAACUGUUGUGAAACAUGAGGAAGAGGUUGAAGAUACCGAUGCGAUGAGAAAGGAAGCCACUGAAAAGGCUAAAGCCAAGAUCGAAGCUGGAGAGAAGGAAAAAACAGAGGAAGAGUUGAUUGAAGAAGAAAUGAAGACAAUGGAAAAGAAAAUGAAGUUUGUCACUAAGAAUAAUACCGAGUGGCAAGCUAUCAAUACUAAUAAACCAAUUUGGAUGAGAACUGAUGUCACUGAAGAGGAAUAUAACGACUUCUAUAAGGCUCUUACCAAAGAAAAGGAAAACCCAUUAGCAAAGAUCCACUUCAACACUGAAGGUGACUCUGUUUUCAGAGCUUUGUUGUUCAUCCCAUCGAAAGCAGUCAAUCCGUUCGCGCCAAAAGAUGAAGAGAAGAUGAAGCAAAUGUUAAGACUCUACGUCAGAAGAGUCUUUGUUUCAGGUGACUUCUAUAAGACCAUUCCAGAGUAUUUGAACUUCAUUAGAGGUGUCAUUGAUUCAGAUGAUUUGCCAUUGAACGUUGGAAGAGAAAUGAUCCAAGAGAACAGACACAUCGACAGAAUUAAACGGAAAGUCGUUCGAAAGGUUCUUCAGUUGAUUCAAGACCUCAGUGAGACAAAUGUCACCGUUUUCAACAAUUUCAUGAAAGAGUACUCCGUUCAAAUGAAGAUCGGAGCUAUCACCGAUGUCCCAAAUAGAGGAAGAAUUGCUAAGUUAUUGAGAUACCACUCAUCAGUCUCUGGAGACGAGAUGAUGUCCUUUGAUGAUUACAUCAAGAGACUUAAAGAUAACCAAACUGACAUCUACUACGUCUGUGCUGACUCAUUGGCAGAGGCUAAAAACUCCCCAGUUGGAAAGAGUGCGGUUGCUGCUGGUUUCGAAGUCAUUUAUAUGACCGAGCCUGUCGACGAAUCUGCCUGCAGAGGUAUUAACACUUACGAAGGAAAGACGCUUGUUGAUCUUGGAAAGGAAGGGUUUGGUGUUGAGAAAGAAGACAAGGAAUUUGACUCGAUGAAGUCAUUCAUCACCGACUUGAUCCCCGAAGUCACAAAGGUCGAAAUCUCAAAGAGCCUUGGCAACAUUGCUGCUGCUGUUGUGUCUGGAAAGGACGGAUUAACAGCCAACAUGGAGAAAUUGAUCAGAGCACAUGCCACUGCGAAUAAGAAGGAUUUGGGAUUCGAAACAACAAAGAGAGUCUUGAUCUUGAACUCAGAGCACGACAUCGUCAGAAAGAUCGACGAGCUUAUUGUCGACAACAAGAACGAAGAGGCUGAGUUGUUUGUUAAAGGGUUGUAUAAUACUGCUUUGAUUCAGUCUGGAUAUCCAGUCACCAAUUCAAACGAAUACGCUAUGUGGAUUCAAUCUUUAGUCCAGAAGGAACUGAACUCCCUCGAGCCAAAAGAGAAGACUGAAACUAAGCCAGCCGCACCAGAAGGUGUCGAAGAUAUCAUCAAUGAACAAAAGAACGAAGAGGUGAAGACUGAAGAGAAGAAGACUGAGUUAUAA